UUUGAUACCCUGCAUACCCUUCUGCCUUCGUGGCUGGUCUAUUCUUUCUUUCUCUUCCUUCCUCAGCAACCCAGCGAGUGCAAAGCGGACCUGAUUCGCUCCACUGGUAACAGUUUAUUUGCGCGCUGGGAUCGCUGUCAGAGCCUGGUGCUUUUCUAUCUUUAUUUCGAACGGAUAAUAGCAAAGGCUGGUUCUUGCGCCCAAAUACACUUACUCAAUCGGUGAUCACCCAAUUGGUCGAUAUGUUGUCGUCAAUUCCUUCGAUUUCGUGGGGUUAUCGAUGCCUUUCGGCAGCUGGUUACUUGUGGGGAGUUGUUCUACUUUUCUCGCCAACCCUCGCUGGAGCCCAAGGCGUCCGACCCAUAAGCGAGCAAUUUCAGUGGAAGUUUCAUGACGAUGCUAUUGGAUCUGCAUUACCGACAUGCCUGCCUCUUGGAAUCCUAGUUCAGUCCUGGAAUAUUAACCUCAACGACACGUUCGGUAUCCCGCCCUACUACAUGAUCGCUUGGGCUAUUGGAGGCACGCCACAGACCACAUUCAUCGGGACAGAUAACAAGACUCUCAGCUACACCGUCGCCCAUCCACCAGAUACUCAACUCAUGCUCAACGUUGUCGACUCGACUGGCAGCGGUGGUGGUAUUCCUCCACGUUUAUUCAAGGUCGUCCCUGGUCAGACCACUCAGUGCGUCGUCCCCGAGGUCAAGAAACCCGAUUUCACCGUUUCCUCCAAUGUGACCGAUACCUUGAGCACCUGCGAACCAUGGGGUCUUUCAAUAAAGGGGGGAGUGCCUCCGUAUAAGAUUAGCAUCGCCGCCGUGAAUUUCCCUCUUGUUACCAAUGUAACAAUUCCUGGUGACCUUGAUGCGUUCACCUACGUGAAUAGGAUCGCCCCAAACGGGCAGGCAAUUGGCACCCCUCUGGUUAGAACGAUAGGAGACGAGGAUACAGAAUGCCGCGGGAGGGCGAGCGGUGCUGGGAGCUCGGCAGAACUGGGCCUCAACAGGUCAGGCGGUAGCCGUUCCAGCCGUUCCAACGCCAGCCUGAUUGCUGGAGUCACUGUUCCAUUGGUUCUUCUUCUUCUGGGCGGUCUGGCAUUCAUCAUCUGGACCAUGAGGAAAAGGAGGAAGGUACAAGAGAGCGAGAAUGGUCUUCCUUUCACCCCAGCAGAUAAGCCGACCGAGCUCAUCACGCCCUUCGAAGUCGGAAGUCCCGAAGGAACCUUCAUUCGCACUCUGAAUUCGCCGCCCCUCUCAGAGAAACGAUUACUGGCCGCAACAACUUCAGACCGUGCCCCAAUCACGGUCCAGUAUCCUGCCCGGAGUGGAUCGACAAGUUCAUCCGACACUUUACUCGGGAACAACGUCAGCUCAGGCCCCGCCUUCUCUCCGUCUCAUGCUGGUGCCAGCGUCCGCUCUCGUCCCAGCUUUGCGGCUUUCCCAGCUUAUCCAACCCGUCGUAGCAUGCGCAAAGCUCAAGAAGCUGCACAGGAAGCUGCACGGAGGGAGAGCGUGGCUAAUUCCCCUGAUUCUGAAUACCCUGAAUCGUUGAUACCGGCUACUUUCGCUCGACAAGGGGAGGAGAUUGUCAUCCAGCAUCGAGAUGCAGGCGCUGCAGUGGUUAGGGAGCUCCCUCCUCCUUAUGCUGAUCAAGGGAGUCGAGGGUGAACACGUUUUUCUUUCUUUUUUCUUUCUGAUUUUUCUGUUGUAUUAAUACACCUUUUGCCGUUACCGUUAUGUCAUUUACGUUCUCGGGGAGGGGUAGUUACUAGUUACGUUUCAGACUCGAAGCCUUGGAAAACGACGAACCCCUCUCUGCCGUUUGAACGGCAUGCUUGAUCAACA